AUGAAGUUGUGGACGGUUUCGCUUUGUCUGGCCGUGGCACUCUCUGCUGCCGUGCCCAGCCUGCUUCCCAACUCGACGUUUGUGGAAAACCUCAUCCAGGCCAAUGCCACUGGCGACGACAAUUCCACCAAAAGCUUUCCGGAAUCGUGGACGUGGGGCGUUUCGCAAUUGCCUAAUGUGCUUAACAAGUCGUCCGUGGACGCUAACGAGGAGGCUUCGGGAUACCAGUUGUUGAAUGUAUCGAGAUCCUCCAGAGGCCUCUCGGGAUUCCUCCGUUUGCAGAAGGAAACCGACCUCUACGGCUUUGACUACGACGUUUUGAAGCUUGAGGUUGAAUAUCAGCUGGAGUCCAGGCUUCUGGUGCACAUUGAGCCUAGGAACCUCACCGAUGUCUACAAGCUUUCGUCCGAUUUGGUGCCUGAACCCGAGGCCUCCAACUCCACUUCUUUUAAUUCUGACCUCGUUUUCCGCCACUCCGCCGUCAACGAGCUGUUCUGGUUCGAGGUGGUCCGCAAACUGAACGCAGACGUGCUCUUUUCCACCAAAGGCAACCCGCUCGUCUUUUCCAACCAGUUCGUGCAAUUCAACACCUCUCUUCCCGAGGGCCACGUAAUUACCGGUUUGGGCGAGGCCGUCAAGGGUUUCACGAAUCCGCCUGGCACCGUCAGAACGCUCUAUGCCAACGACGCCGCUAAUCCAGUAGACGGCAACAUCUACGGCGUCCAUCCGUUCUACAUCGACCAGAGAUACGCCAAUUUGAGCGAAACAAACGCCCACCAGGGCCCCGUCAACGAAACCCGCUAUCCCGGCGUGCAAUGGGGCAAUCUGACGAACCUGACGCUCGGAAACUCCACCGUCUCAAAUCUGAGCUUCUACGAGGACUUUACACCGCUCAACAAGUCGUACACACACGGCGUCUGGUGGAGGUCUCUGGCGCCCCAGGAGGUCGUCAUUGAAGAGGAGGCUCUUACGUGGAGAGCGCUCAAUGGUGUAAUUGACCUCUACUUCUUCGCAGGCCCUACUCCCAAGGAUGUGAUCCAGCAGUACGUCACGGAAGUUGGAAAACCGGCUCUCCAGCCGUAUUGGGCCUUGGGAUACCACCAGUCACGCUGGGGGUACUCUUCUGUGGAUGAUUUGCAGGGUGUAGUGGACCAAUUCGCCGGUGCUGAUCUCCAGCUUGAAACCAUCUGGACCGACUUGGACUACAUGGCAGCGUUCAAGGACUUCACCAACGACCCCGUCAAGUACCCACUUGACAAGUUCCAAAGCUUCCUUGCAGACUUGCACGACGGCGACCAGAAGUACAUUCCCUUAGUGGAUGCUGCUAUAUACUACCCCAACCCUACCAACCAAACCGACAACAACUACACGGUUUUCCACGACGGCGUCGAAAAAGACGUUUUUUUGAAGAACCCGGACGGCUCCCUCUACAUCGGCGCCGUGUGGCCGGGCUACACUGUGUUCCCUGACUUCCUCGCUAACAGUACGUACGAAUGGUGGAAGGACGCUUUGGAGGACUGGCGGGACGAGAUCGAGUACGACGGAAUCUGGCUCGACAUGAACGAGGCCUCUUCGUUCUGCGUGGGCUCGUGUGGAUCCGGAAACGUCCAGGACAAUCCCGUUCUGGCGCCUUUUGAGUACGGAGGGUUGCAAAAACAGUUCCCUGAGGGAUUCGCCAAAUCCAACGCCACGGAGUACAAGCAGUUUUUGCAGGUUCUCUCCUACAACCAGACGGGCUGGAACGCCCUGAUCGUGCUGAACUCCACGGCCUCCAAUGGCUCCAAUUCCUCGGUCUUCCUCAACUUCAAGCAAGACGGAAAAGGCAACAUCAACUACCCACCUUACGUGCUCAACAACGCCCAGGAGGGCCACGAUCUUGCCGCUCAUGCCGUUUCGCCAAACGCCACCCAUGCCGACGGCUCCGUCGAAUACGAUAUCCACAAUUUGUACGGCUAUCUCCAGACCAACGCUACCUACCAUGCCCUCACCGAAAUCCAGCCCAAAAAGCGUCCCUUCAUCAUCUCCAGAUCGACCUUUUCCGGCCUGGGCGCCUAUGCGGGCCACUGGGGCGGCGACAACUGGUCCAACUUCACGUACGCUUACUACUCGAUACCUCAGGCGCUCACCUUGGGUCUUUCGGGUAUUCCUUUCUUUGGCGUGGACGUCUGCGGCUUCAACGGCAACGCCGACUUGGAAUUGUGCUCCCGCUGGAUGCAAUUGGGUGCUUUUUUCCCGUUCUACCGGAACCACAACGUCUUGGGCGCCAUAGACCAGGAACCCUAUGUGUGGGCGGAUGUGCUUGAGCACUCCAAGAUCACCAUGGACAUCCGGUACCUGCUUUUGCCGUACUACUACACUUUGCUCAAGGAGGCUUCUGAAACCGGUGUUCCCGUUCUUAGGGCCCUUUCGUGGGAGUUCCCAGACGACCCUGCUCUUUCUGACGCAGACAGGCAGUUUUUCGUAGGAGACGCCCUUUUGGUGACCCCAGUUCUCCAGCCAAACGUUUCUGAAGUUGAUGGUGUCUUCCCCGGCGCCAACGUCACCGACCUCUACUACGACUGGUACACCUACGAGCAGGUGAACGUCACAGACGGCAAAAACGAGACCUUGGACGCUCCACUCGGCCACAUUCCGCUCCAUAUCCGUGGAGGCCACAUUAUUCCGCUCCAGGAUCCCGGCUACACCACGGCAGAGUCGAGAAAUAAUUCCUGGACGCUUCUUGUGCCGUUGGGCAUCGAGGGUACGGCCCUGGGGUCUUUGUACUCGGAUGACGGAAUCUCGUACCCUGUGGGCAACUCGACCACGGUGGAAUUUGUGGCUGGCGAUGGUGUUCUUACUUCUUCUGCUUACGGUGAUUACGAGAUCGAGCAGCCCUUGGCGUCGGUGGUGAUUUUGGGUGUGGACGAGGAGCCUUCGUCUGUGAGAUUCAACAACCAGACCGUGAGCUUUGACUAUUACAAUAAGACCGUGGAGGUGCUUGACUUGGAGGAGUACACUGAUAAAGGUGCUUUCCAGAAGGACUUCCCUACAACCAUCAAACUCACUCCAGAGGACGUGCUAGAAUAUGACGAUUCGGUGGCAGAACAAAAGUCACAGAAUGAAACGCAAAUCGAUCUGCAUCAGGAGGAUAAAACCGUUCCUACCAUCACAUUCAAAGAACCAUCUUUGGCGGGAAGAAACGAAAGACUAGGCGUGGGCCAGUAG